AUGACUAGGAAUUUGGUACAGCCACCAGCUUGGCACACACCCCAGUUUUUACAGCCACCGGUCCUCCAACCUACCCAGAAUUUUCAUCAGAAUGUUUCUCAUCAAGUUGCCAGUCCUCGUUACAAUAAUGUGCCUCAAAGCCAUUAUGAGGUGAACGGGAUAACUUAUUACGGCCAGCCAAGUGCCAGUGCCAACAUUCAUAUAGCUUCAGCGAACAAGCAGCAAAGAAGACCUUUAUUGCACGAAGAAAGUGACAAGGAUGAGAAGAGGUUCAGGAGGCACCACAACGAUAUAGUCAACGUCGGCAUUCAAGUUUUUACGAGGCCUAAUAAGAAGAAAUGUAAGAAGCCGUUCCCCAACGUUUACAAACCGAUUCGUUCGGCAAGGGACGAAACACCAUCACAAGAUUGUAGCGAAAAUAGAACAGGUGCCAAAGAAAGGAAUAACCCCCAUAGGGUGGAAGCCGCUGUUUCGCCAGUGUUCGGAUUGACCGAAGAAAAACUGUACAACCUCCUCAUCCAGUACACCGUAGCUCCGGAGGAUCUCUUUUCCAAUGGUUUUCCACAGGUGGAUAAGGUUAAGAACCAAGUCCGCCUGUACAAACAUUGUUUCGGAAAACCUUUCAGGAUCCCGAAGAGAUUGGCUGGUAUUGAGGAGGAUUUUGAUCGGAAUUCACCGACAGCAGUUGAGAGGACCUGCGUUAGGUGUAACGAUCAGUUCUUCGUCAACGAACACGGUUACUUGACGAAACAGCAGUGCUUCUACCACUGGGGGAAAAUAUCGUACUGCCGCCAUACAUGUUGCGAAAAUACUCCGGGAUCCAAAGGUUGCACUUCAUCAAAACACGACGUAUGGAAUGGUACAGUGGCCGGGAUCAACGAGCCCCUGCAAGGUUUCGUGAGCACAAAACGCAGCGAAAAGGUUUUCGCUGUAGACUGCGAAAUGUGCUACACCGUGCGAGGCUUGGAACUUUGCAGGGUAACCGUUUUGGGUUUUGAUGGUGCCACAGUGUACGAUUAUUUUGUGCAACCGGAGGAAGAAGUUGUGGACUACAAUACUAGAUUUUCCGGAAUGACCGAAAGUGAUGUGUAG